ACGAAGCAUACUCCAUUUAGCAGUGAUCUACAAGUGAGCUUCUAUACCAUGUCUGACGCCGCCGUGAACCCCAAGGCCUACCCGCUCGCCGACGCCAAGCUUACCGUGAGCAUCCUCGACCUCGUGCAGCAGGCCACCAACUACAAGCAGAUCAAGAAGGGCGCCAACGAGGCCACCAAGACGCUCAACCGCGGUAUCUCCGAGUUCAUCGUGAUGGCCGCCGACACGGAGCCGCUUGAGAUCCUCCUCCACUUGCCGCUCCUCUGCGAAGACAAGAACGUCCCGUACGUCUUUGUCCCGUCCAAGGUCGCCCUUGGCCGUGCCUGCGGCGUCUCGCGCCCGGUCAUCUCGGCCUCGAUCACGUCCAACGACGCGUCGCAGCUCGGCCCCCAGAUCCGCGCCAUGCGCGAACAGAUCGAGCAGCUCCUCAUCUAAGCAUGGGAUCGAGCCACGACUUGAGCGCAUGUAACUUAACACAUGUAAAUUUAAAUGCUCCCCGAGAA